AUGUGCGCCCUGAAUGAAAACACUAGGGCCAAUAGAAUAGUUUUGGAUCCAAUGACAAUGGUUGAUAACUAUCAAAUUAUCAAUCUACUUGGUCAAGGAGGAUAUGGCGACGUUUACAAAGCAAAAAAUCUAAAUGAUGGUAAGUACUAUGCAUUAAAAACCGAGUAUUUAGAUGCUCCUAAGAAAGCAAUUGAUAAGGAAAUUACUUUUAUCAAGUCAUUAAACUCCCCCUACUUUCCAAAAAUUUAUGCUAAUGGCCAGAGUUCCAAUUUUAAAUAUGCAGUAAUGGAUCUCUUUGGAAAAUCAAUAAGCGAUUACAAAAAGAGUCUUUUCAGCAAAACAAUCACGGGACCAAUAUUAAUCCAUAUUGGUAUCGAAAUGAUAAAGGCUAUUAGAGCAUUCCACAAAGAGGGAUAUAUCCACAGAGAUAUUAAGCCAAGCAAUUUCUUGUUUAGUAAGAACAAGGAGUGCCCAAUUGCACUUAUUGAUUUUGGCUUGGCAAGAAAGUUCAUUGAUCCUGAAACAAACCAGCCAAUUCCUCCAGCAGAAAAGCCGCAUUUUGGAGGCACAAAGAAAUACGUUUCAAUUAGAUUACAUGAACAUAAGGAUUCAUCCUUUGCGGACGAUUUAGCUUCAUGGUUUUACACAAUGGUUGAAUGCUGGCGUGGUAGACUUCCAUGGGCCAACAUCCGUGACAAAGAUGACGUUGGAGAGAGAAAGAAGAGUAUUUCUCCAGGAGAUCUCUGCUCUUCUAUGCCAACCCCUUUCAGGGACCUUUACUCAUACAUAUUUUCAUUAGAAUAUUACGACGUCCCCGAUUAUGAUAAAAUCAUUUCAACACUCGAGGGAAUUUUGAACACAAAUUAUUCGUCUGCUCAAGUAAAUUUACAUGAACUUUACUUCAGAAUCCAUAAAGAUGAUCAACCGGAGGCAGAUGCAAACCAGCCUGAAAUAAUUAUGCCCGAGAAGCCUAUGCCAGAACCAGAGAAGACUAAUGGAUGCUGCCUUCUAAUUUGA